CACAUUUAAAAUGUGUACACAAUAACAUGCAGUCUAGUCCAGAAAUAUGAAGUAACAUGAAAAUUAUUUAUUUUUGAUUAAUUUAAAGUAAAAAAAAUUAAAUACUAUAUUUGUGUUGUAUUGUAAUAGUUUUUAAGUGCAAAAUGUUUAUUAAGUGUUUAUUAUUUUUAUUUGUACUGAGUUUUAUUGAAGCCGAUUUUUAUUACCCGGCUUCAACAUGUCCGAUGCGUCGAAUAAAAAAUGGUCGAGCACGGCCACGGCAAAGGGGGACUUUUAUUAAGUUCUCGUGUUCUCCUCGUUAUACCCUGGUUGGUAACAAAUAUGCCACGUGCAGAUUUGGCCAAUGGGAUGUCCCAGCACCCGUUUGUGUCAAAUCGGGCUGCUCACAGUUACAAGAAGUGAAGAAUUCAGUGAAUAUGACAUAUCACAAUAAUGCGUGGGUAGUGUUUUUCUGUUUGCCCGGCCAUCAGCUCAUUGGUUCCCCAGUCGUGUACUGUGAUGGAUCCAAUUGGAACUCAACUGUGCCUGGAUGUCGUGAUAGUUCAGCAAAAGUGUCAACGGAAUGUGACUUCGAGCUGCCGGAUUUAUGCGGGUGGAAACCUGAUGAAUUGCACGAUUUUGAUUGGAGGAGGCUAAAUAAAAAGACACCGAGUUCCUUUCUGCAAACUGGACCAAGUUACGAUCAUACUUAUGGAAAGAAUGGGUCAGGUUACUACAUGUACAUAGAAACUACAGGCAGAACGGAGAACGAGACAGCGCGUCUCCUGUCUCCAGUAUAUGAUGCUGAACUGGCGAAGAAUGGAUGCUUCAUCUUUUACUACCACAUGUAUGGAAGAGGUAUGGGUGGCCUCCGGGUUUACCAGAAACCAGACAGAGUACCAAUGUAUCAGCUGCUCAGUUCUUCAAAGAGGAACAAUUACCUCCUGUUUGAGCAGUGGGGGGAUCAGGGCAACGAGUGGUACAGCAGUGCCUCAAUGCUGACCGAUGUCGAUGAUAAUUUCCAGAUUGUUAUCGAAGGCAUCAGAGGAAAUAGUUUCAUGAGCGACAUUGCCAUUGAUGACGUUUCCAUACAACGAGGGGAGAACUGCACCAAAGCCAUGCUCGAAGCCACCACGCCACCAGCUGUUUUACAGGAGUCAUGUGUGGGUCGCUGCGACCUCUAUGCUGAGGCGACGGGCUACAGAGGGUGCAGUUGUAGCAUCGUCUGUGUCGUCACCCAGAACUGCUGUCCAGACUUCCUGGACGUCUGUGAUUUGGAUGGAAUCUCAUUAGAUUCAGAUGCACGAGGCAGUUCUACAGCAGCAUUGCCACAAACACAGAAACUAAUAGCAACGACACCAGACGGAAACGAAACAGAAUUAUCCGAUGCUACCACAGCAACAACUAAAGUUACCGUACCAACAAUAACUUCUACGAAAAGACCGAUAACUACCAGACCUCCAACAACAUCAACCACUACUAAAAGACCACCUAUUAUCAUCAAAAGACCGACUACGACAACGAAAGCAACUACGGUUACUAAACCUACUACUACUCCAUCACCUCGUACUACUACCGUACCUCCACGUACUACUACUUCAACUCCUAAGCCUACUCCUAAACUUACACCUAAGCCUACUCCUAAACCUACACCUAAAACUACCCCUAAGCCCACUACAACUUCACGUAAACCUACAACAGUGACGACUAGUACUGUAACUGUAUCAUCCAAACCUUUGACAAUGCCCAUUGAAGUGUCUGUAGCAACUGAAGGCACUUCGAUGACUACAAAGCAAGGUACACAUGAAUAUCUUGCGAAGAAAUCUGGAGGUCUGAGUGGAGCUACAAUAGCAGUAACAGUUAUAAUAGCAAUCGCAGCAACGUUCGGUCUAGUAUGGCUCGCCAUUGUCCUGACUAGAUCGCGAGGUAUGGCAGCCCUGGCUCGCAUCCGCGGACGCGCCACCUCCGACCCUGAAGUCCAUUAUCUAAAGUCCGAUGUUGAUGAUGAAUAAAUUAUUAUUUUUUUAUA